UCGUUCGAAUCCAAGAGUUGGGGUAGAUUUCUAAGAAUUCUCUCUGAUCGAUUCUCCAUCAACCAUCAAUCUCUAGGUGGAAAGAGUCGCAGCUUCGUCAGAAUUCUAUUUCUGCAGAAUUUAAAUAAUAAUAAUCGAGCGUCAGAUCAACAAAGGAAGCAGGCAAUGGAACUUCCUCAGUCUCGUCGAGUUGCAGCACAAGGGAGAAAAAAACCUACGCAUGAUUUUUUAUCAGCCUGUAGUAGUAAUUCAACCGUCCAUCCAGAUCCAAUCCCUACAUCUCAAGCAGGUGGGUAUCUGAAAACUCACGAUUUUCUACAACCAUUAGAACGUGUUGGAACAAGAGCUUGUUCGAAGGAGGAAGACAUCAGAGUCAGUGUUGAAACUACGGCGGCCUCGUUGGAGCUGAAGUCACCGCACGUGCUUCCCGGUGGAGUAGGGACUUACACGAUCAGUCAUAUUCCUUACUUGCAUCAUCAUCAUCAGCGACUUCCUAAAUCAGAGGUCUCGCCGAUGUUCACGGUGUCUCAAGCUAUCAGUAACGAGCGAAACGCAGCGGAGGAGAUUUCAAUCUCCAAUUGCAGCUCUUAUGCUGCAAAUAAUGGUUUCACUCUGUGGAAUGAAUCUGUAGAGAAGAAAGGGCAUACAAGGAAGCAGAUCUCUCGGGAAGGAGUAAACAUCAGAGAUGCAGCAGGAACAAUGGGACAGUGGCAGGGGCUCGAACAAAGAAGCAGCUUCAGCUCUCGCUCUUCUUCGCAGUCAUCUGGUCUAAAGAGCCAGAGGCAGAGUUUCAUGGACAUGAUGAAGUCUGCCAAAGGAAGUUCGCAGGAGGAUGAUUUUGAUGAUGACGAUGAAGAGUUGUUGGUUACAAGGAAAGAGAACAACACAUCCACAAGCCAGUGCCAGAGAGUUGAUUUGAGAGUCAAAGUAGAUGGAAAAGCUCAUGGUGAUGAACAAAAGCCGAACACGCCUAGGUCAAAACAUUCUGCAACAGAGCAACGGAGGAGGAGCAAGAUCAAUGAUAGAUUUCAAAUGUUGAGAAAACUGAUCCCUAAUAGCGACCAAAAGCGGGAUAAGGCGUCAUUCUUACUAGAGGUUAUCGAGUACAUUAACUUCUUACAAGAGAAAGUAGACAAAUACGAGGUGGCUCCUUACCAAGGGAAGCUUGUGAAUUGGAGAAACUAUCAACAGCCACCGGAAGGAACUGUUCCAGUCCUCGCAGACGCUGUUCCAGUCGACAUGGAUCAUCAACAGUGUCUGAACAGGGCAAUGGAAACGACACCAUUUACUGUGUUGGGUCAAAGGAACUGCUUUUUCUCUCCCGAAUCGUCACAGCUUUGUCCAGUUUCAUCAUCUGAUCCUGCAAUGGACGGUGAAAAGCUGAGAGAAGAAGAUGAGCAGGAGGAGCUUUCCGUUCAUAGGGGUACCAUCAGUAUAUCAAGUGUUUACUCUCAAGGGUUAUUAAAAACAUUAACAGAAACACUCCAGACAUCAGGAGUGGACUUGUCCAGAUCAAGCAUCUCUGUCCAGAUCAAGCUCUCUAAACAACCUCAAAAGGAUGAUGAAGUUCAUCGGAAGGUUCGACCUCGGUCACAAAGUGGAAAUGAAAACCAUAACGAUGACGAAAAGAGUAACAACAAGCAGACGCGAAAGCAGAAGAAACUCAAAAAGACAACAGCAUCAGAAACAUGUAAUGGAGAAACAGAGUAACAUUAGGACCAAUUUUUCACUUUUAUUCAUUUUAACAUUGGGGUGAGGACAGAUCACAAAAGGGUUAUUAUAUUUGAUGAUCACUUUUAUUCAUUUUAUCAUGUCUCUUCUUUUGUACAUUUUAAUCAAAAUCAUACAAUUAAGUAACAAGCUCAUGAUCUUACGACAAGAGAGUCACA